CGAAAAUAUAUUUUGAUUUUGCUGUGUAAAUAAUACCCAAGAAAUGGCUGUUAAACUUCGCAUUGCCAUCAUUGGCCAGAGUAACUUUGCUGCUGAUGUUCUGGAGCUGCUGCUGGAGCGUUCCAGCAUACAAAUUGUGGGUGUCUUCACCAUACCGGACAAAGGGAGUCGUGAGGAUGUGCUGGCGACCACUGCCACAGCUCACAAGAUACCCGUCUUUAAAUUUAGCAGCUGGCGGCGGAAGGGCGUGGUCCUGCCAGAGGUUUUGGCACAAUACAAAUCGGUGGGCGCCACAUUGAAUGUGCUGCCUUACUGCUCGCAGUUUAUUCCGAUGGAGGUGAUUGAUGGUGCCCCAUUGGGCAGCAUUUGCUACCAUCCAUCGAUCCUGCCUCGCCAUCGCGGUGCCAGUGCCAUAUCCUGGACUCUAAUUGAGGGCGAUGAGGUGGCUGGCUUUAGCAUCUUUUGGGCGGAUGAUGGCCUGGACACCGGACCACUGCUUCUGACGCGUCAAACAAAUCUCGAGCCCACUGACACACUCGACAGCAUAUACAAGCGAUUCCUGUACCCCGAGGGCGUCAAGGCCAUGGGUGUGGCCGUCGAUAUGGUUGCCAAUGGCACAGCCCCAAAAAUAGUCCAAACGGAGAUCGGUGCCACCUACGAUCCGGCCAUGUUCAAGGCGGAGAAUCAGCUUAUCAAUCUGCAGCAAUCGGCGGAGCGUAUCUGGAACUUUGUGCGUGGCUUGGACUCGGUGCCGGGCGCCAUAGCCACAGUAAUUCUGCAGGAUGGCAUUGAGGAGCAGAUACGUCUCUUUGGUGCUCACCUCUACUCCGCCGGUCCCGUGUCCCACGGCCAGGCAUUGCGUCUGAAGGGUCUGACGAAGCCCGCCUGGGUUCAUUCCGCGGGACUCCUCAUUGAAGGCACCGAUGGGGCAUUUGUGAAUGUGCGUCGCAUCAAGCGCGGGUCAAAGGUGAUCAAUGCCAGUGAAUGGUUCAAGCAGGCCGAACAGCAGCCCAUCACCGACUUCAGCGAGGAUGAGCUAUCCAAGAAGACUCUGCUCUCUGGCAUUUGGCAGGCCAUCCUAAAGGAACCCAUUGAGGACUCUACAGACUUCUUUGCCGCUGGCGCUGGCUCCAUGGACGUGGUGCGUCUGGUGGAGGAAGUGAAGGAAGCCUUCGAUGUGCCCUUGGAGAAUGAUAAUGUCUUUAUGGCGCCCGUGUUUGAGGAGUUCUUUGGGCAGCUGGUUAAAAUCCUGCGUCAAGGCAGUGGCGGCUCUGGUGGCCAGAAGCUCAUCUACGAUGGCUUCACCUUGAAGGCAAACAAACGAGAGAUUCAGGUGCCCACGCAGCUCUUCAUCAACGGGGAGUUUGUGGAUGCCGAGGGCAAGCGAACUCUGGAGAUUGUCAAUCCUACUGAUGAGAAGGUUCUCUGCAAAGUGGCCUGCGCUUCGCCACAGGAUGUGGACAAGGCGGUGCAGGCUGCCCACACGGCUUUCUAUGGCUCGUGGAAGCAGGUCUCCGCGCGGCAGCGUGGACAAUUGAUGCUCAAACUGGCAGAUCUCAUGGAGCAGCACAAGGAGGAGCUGGCCACCAUUGAGUCGGUGGAUUCGGGCGCAGUCUACACGCUGGCCCUGAAGACCCACGUGGGCAUGUCCAUCGAUGCAUGGAGGUAUUUCGCCGGCUGGUGCGAUAAAAUACAGGGAAAUACAAUCCCAGUGAACCCCGCGCGACCCAACAAUGUUCUCACCUUCACGCGUAAGGAGCCCAUUGGUGUGUGUGGCCUGGUCACGCCGUGGAACUAUCCCCUAAUGAUGCUCUCCUGGAAGAUGGCCGCCUGCAUUGCCGCUGGCAACACCUGUCUGAUCAAGCCCGCCCAAACGUGUCCGCUGACGGCCUUGAAGUUUGCCGAGCUGACGGUCAAGGCGGGUUUCCCGCCAGGUGUGAUUAAUGUGCUGCCCGGGAAGGGUUCCGAUGCGGGGCAGGCAGUGGCCGAUCAUCAGUUGGUGCGCAAAUUGGGCUUUACAGGAUCCACUCCCAUUGGCAAGCAUAUUAUGAAGUCCUGUGCGGAUUCCAAUCUCAAGAAAUGCUCACUAGAGCUGGGCGGCAAGAGUCCUCUGAUUAUCUUUGCGGACUGUGAUCUGGAUAAAGCGGUGAAGCAUGGCAUGUCUUCGGUUUUCUUCAACAAGGGCGAAAAUUGCAUUGCCGCUGGCCGACUCUUUGUGGAGGAUCGCAUUCAUGAUGAAUUUGUGCGCCGUGUGCUCAAGGAUUUGCGUACCAUGACCAUUGGGGAUCCACUGAAUCGUUCCACGGCCCAUGGCCCACAGAACCACAAGGCACACUUUGAGAAGCUGCUGGAGUUCUGUGAGCGCGGUGUGCAGGAUGGUGCCACACUGGUGUACGGCGGCUGUCGUGUGGCGAAUCUCAAGGGCUACUUCUUUACCCCGACGGUAUUCACGAAUGUCGAGGAUGACAUGUACAUAGCGCAGGAAGAGUCCUUUGGGCCCAUCAUGAUCAUCUCCAAGUUCAAUGGCAGCGACAUCGAUUCGGUGAUGCAGCGGGCAAACAACACCGAGUACGGCCUGGCCAGCGGUGUCUUCACCAAGGACAUUAGUAAGGCUCUCAGCUUCGCGGACCGCAUCGAGGCCGGCACUGUCUUUGUGAAUGUCUACAACAAGACGGACGUGGCAGCGCCAUUCGGCGGCUUCAAGCAGAGCGGCUAUGGCAAGGACUUGGGUCAAGAGGCACUCAACGAGUAUCUGAAGACCAAGUGUGUGACAAUUGAAUACUGAGUAAGAGAAGAGGGAGAUGGGGAAGUGUUCUCCUGGGCCAAGCCCAAACCCAAACCCAUAAGAGUCCCCCAUUCAAUAGUGGAUUGUAGACAGAAAAGAAAA